AUGACUAUUGUGACUGCAUAUGACACCCUCGGAGAAGAAGGUCUUCUCCAUUCAAUGAAUGAAGCAGAAGUUAGUGGAAUAUUUACUAAUGCAGAUUUACUCCCAAUGGUUAAAAAGGUUGCUGGAAAAUGUUCAACUCUUAAAUUAAUUAUUUAUGAUGGUGAUGCAAAUGGAUCAAUUUUGCAAGAAUUGUCAAGUGCUCAUCCAAAUUUUAAAAUUCUUACAUUGGAAGAACUUAAAGAAUUAGGCAAAAAUUAUCCAAUAAAUUCAAAACCACCACAACCACACAAUGCCAAACCAUGUGCCUGUCCCGCCUGGAAGGCCAAAGAGCUAACAGUUUUUUAUUCCGAAUUUUUGGCCACACUCGAAGGUGGUGAAUUUUGCAUUUUAGUCGUCAUUUUGGUUCGAUUUUUGGUACCAAAUUUAUUUACAUAUCAGAAAACGCCUGUAGAGGCUAUAGAUUUCUUAACUAUCUAA